CGUUUGGCUGUACAUAAUUGUUCAAACUCCUGGUUCAGUUUGGGCAGUUAUGUUGAUGUUUUGAUUGUCAGUAUACGAAAUGUGAAUGAAAUUAUGGCUUUUCUAACAAAAGUAUUUAAAUUUACAGACAGUAUAUGUUUGUCAAAGAACUGGAGCUUGAGUAAUAAGAAUAACUGGCUUAUUGGAUGUGCAUACUUUACUAGCAAAGUCGAUAUUCCCUCUCCACCAAAGAGACCUCUUAGUGCUUACAUGUUAUUUUGUCAAGAACAUAGGCAAAAUGUGAUUAAAGAAAAUCCAAAAUUAAGUAGCUCAGAGCUAGUGAAGAAAUUAGCGGAAAAAUGGAGUCAUCUUAGUAAGGAUAUGAGGAAACCAUAUGAAAUCAGUGCUAGAGAAAAUACUUUGAUUUAUGGAGAAGCACACAAAAAUUUCUACGAGAACCUUACCAGUGAACAGAAAGAAGAGUUAGCAAGACUAAAAACUGAACAGAGGGAAGCUCGUCGUUUGGCAAAAUUAAAAAGAGCUCUCCGUGAAACAAAUCUACCAAAAUCUCCAGGAUCAGCCUACAAUUUGUUUGUGCGUUCGCAAGCAAAAAAACUUGACGUUAAGGAACGACAUGAAUUUAUAAAGGAAUGUGCUGAGUUGUGGAAAAAAAUGUCUGAAUAUGAGAAAAAGCAGUUUAAAAAGGAAGCAGAACUAGAGAAAUUACGAUAUGCAGAUGAAAUAAAGAGUUGGAGAGAGCAAUUACUAAAAGAAGGCAAAUCUGACCUUGUCAGUUUAUAUAAUGAUAUGAAGGGACGGAGAAAACUGGAUGAUGAACAUUCUGCUUUAACUGAAAGAAAGAAGUCAUCGAGAAAAGGCGAUGUCAAAGAGGUGAUAAAUGGGGAAAACUGGAUGAUGAAUAUUCUGCUUCAACUAAAAGGAAGAAGUCAUCAAGAAAAAGCGAUGGCAAAGAGCAAGUUGUUUGACUUUUUUAGAAUGAAAUGACUUCAAAAAGUUUGUUUGGAAUAUCUGAUAUAAAAACUAUGUGGAUUCUUUAUUUUAAAUGCAGUUUAUUUUAGAAAAUCUGAAAUAUUUAAAAUGUAUUUCAUUCAUCAAAAUGUGGAAUCAUUUCUCUAACAAACACAGUCUUUUUGCUUCAGUUAUUUUUUUUUAUCCAGGGUGAUAAAUUUAUUUACUUUUCAGAAUCUCUACAAGUAUUUUAAUACAUAUGUGUAAAUGAAAAAUAAAGGAAGUUAUUAUUUGAAAAUUAAA